CUGCCAGAAAGUGUUGCACUCCCCCAUGUGAAGUAAGUGUAACUCUGCUCUGGCUCCUCCUAUGGUAUCUUUAACGUCUGCCUAAAAUCCACCAUAAAGAGGAAGUGCAUUAAUUGCUCUCUUUGAAAUCAUCAUUGGUGGACUUGGUGCUGCCAAGGCAUUUCAAACAUAGAUUACACAGACAUUGCAAAUUGCUAAUAAAGGUCAAUACUCUAAACUCUAAACUGGGAAUCAUCUACAAUGGCUAAAAUGAAUGACCUAUGGAAUUCAGCAGCUUUUUUCACAGAUAAUGCCUACAUAUCAAAACGAAGUAUUAGAAAGAUUCUCAUCAACAAAAGGCAUUAUCUGCCUGAGGAGAGUAACAUUACUGACACCAUGAAAAUGAGUCUUAAUAUACAUAGUGAAGAGGAUAUUAGUGCUUCUACCAGUUGCGAUGAAAGAAAAAACAAUAAAACAAGAAUCCAAGAGAUGAUUUCUAAGAAUUCAAUGAAUGAAUCUACAUGCCACCUUCAUGAGAGAAGUUCUGAACAAUUCUCUGGAAAGGAAAGAAGAGUGGAUGAAGCUGACAUGGAGGCUGUGUCUGGAUCUAAUCCUGAUUCCCAACUCAAUUAUGAGCGCUUGGACGUGACCAGCAUCAAGGUGAAACAGGAGGUGGAUAUCACUACUUCAUGUGAACUGGCAGCGAUUCCAAGAGCUCAGCCAGAGGCUAUGGCGGCCGAAUGUGAGGUGGAAGGAAAUGUAGCGGACAGCCCGAAAUCUUCACAGAAGCAGGUUUUAAAAAAUCAGAUGUUUGCAACCAUUAGGAAGCGAGGAAUAGAGGGAGACACUGAAAACCGUCCGUACAAGUGCACUUACUGCAACUGGGCUUUCAAAAAGUCCAGCAACCUGUUGAGCCACAUCGAUACUCACCGCGGUCUUAAACCACACGUUUGUGACAUGUGCGGGAAGGCCUACUCGCACCAGGGGACUCUUCAGCAGCACAAGCGGCUGCACACAGGCGAAAGACCUUACCAAUGCCCUUUUUGUGAGAAAAGCUACAUUUGGUCCUCUGACUUCCGCAAACACAUCCGAACGCACACCGGAGAGAAGCCGUACAUCUGUGAGGAAUGUGGAAAGAAUUUUGUGCGCUCCUCUGACCUGCGGAAACAUGAACGCAACAUGCACACCAACAACAAGCCGUUCCUCUGCAAGCAAUGUGGCAAAACCUUCAACAAACCCCUGUCUCUUCUCCGCCACGAGCGUACACAUUUGGGCGAGAGGCCUUUUAUUUGUCCAGAAUGCGGAAAGGCGUUUGCCCUGGCCAGUCGCAUGACAGAACACAGAAAAAUUCACAGCGGUGUGCGUCCCUACACCUGCUCUAUUUGCUCCAAAGCUUUCACUAAGUCCUCAAAUCUCGCUGAACAUCUCACAGUUCACAGUGGAGUGCGGCCACACAAGUGCUCAGAAUGUGGGGUGGCAUUCGCCAUGGCGUCCCGACUGGUGCGGCACCAGCGUAUUCAUGUAGCUGUGCGGUCUUACCGCUGCCAGGGGUGCGAUAUGUCAUUUGGCCACCUUGCAGCACUCAAGAGACAUGAGAAGCAGCAUGGUGAGGGCAUGAUCUUUGUAUGUGGGCAGUGCAGUAAAUCUUUCCCUCAGGAUUCCCUGCUCACAGAACACAUGCACAGCCAUGUUAAUGCUAAAACUCGCGUUCCCUAAACCUGCCCAUUAUGCAUUGAAGUAACUGGAAGAUUGUAAGUAAGCAUGGGUUCUUUCUUUCUUUCUUUCUUUCUUUCUUUCUUUCUUUCUUUCUUUCUUUCUUUCUUUCUUUCUUUCUUUCUUUCUUUCUUUCUGUCUCUCUAUCUAAUAAUCGGACAGCAUCUGUCUAUUUAUCUAAUAAUCUGACAGCAUCUAUUUGUCUAUCUGUCUAUCUAUCUAAUAAUCGGACAGCAUCUGUCUGUCUUUUUGUGUUGUCUAUCUAUCUAUCUAUCUAUCUAUCUAUCUAUCUAUCUAUCUAUCUAUCUAUCUAUCUAUCAUCUAUCUAUCUAUCUAUCUAUCUAUCUAUCUAUCUAUCUAUCUAUCUAUCUAUCACAAUUAACUAGCUAAUAACUAGCUAUCACAAUUCAGCCAUAACAACAUAGUUAUAUUUAGCUAGAGUUUAAAAACCAUUGAAGAUGUAUCUAUUUUUACUAGUGUUAAAUGCAGGGAAUGGUGGGGACCACUGUUAAAAGGUUUGAAUUUCAAAUAAAUCACUGUGUAUAUUCCUAGCAAAAAACACACUGUAAACACACUGGUGACCCAUUUGUAACAUGUUAAUGCCACUUGAUGGCCUCUUGCCGACCAAGGCAGACUGUGUGUGUGUGAGUGAAACAGAGAAAGUGAGGAGGAAUAUUGUGAAUUCUUUUAGUGGUUUCACAUGCGUGGUGCUAUUUCAAGUUUCAAGAUAUGUUGUUAAAAGCUAUAUGAUAUUACUAUUACUAUUUUUUUGGUAUGAAAUGUAUUCAGCAGGAAAAAAUGUGUAUUUUGAGGUUGAAGGGAUGGGGCUAGUGGUGCAUAUUAUAUGAUGAAUCAAAUUAAUUAAAAACUGUUACCUCUUCUUUUAUGCAGCUAAAAUCACUGACUUACAAGAGAUUAUAUAUUGCAUAAUACUGAAUAUGAUCAUGUCAUUACCAUUACAAAUAAAAAUGUUUUUUUUUUUUCUUCAUCAAAAAAAUAUCACAUAGACAGACAAAUAAAAUCCAGUAUUAUUUAGG